AUGUCUGCUGCGGGCCCAUCGAAUGACACACAGAGUCCAAAUUGUAAAAAGAAGAGAAAUCGUCUCAUUGUCGAUGAUGCUGUCAAUGAUGAUAACUCAGUUAUUGUUAUCUCUCCCGCCACCAUGUCAGCUUUGGAGCUUUUCCGAGGUGAUACCGUUAGUGUGUUUGGCAAAAGAAGGAAGCAGACCGUGUGUGUUGCUUUGUCCGAUGAAAAUGUAUGCGAUGAAAAAAUUUGCAUGAACAGAACGGUCAGAAAUAACCUUAGAGUGCGCACGGGAGAUGUUGUGUCAGUUAAGGCUCUCCCCGAUAUUAAAUAUGGUCAUAGAAUUCACGUUCUUCCUAUCGAUGAUACCAUUGUUGGGCUGACUGGUGACCUCUUUGAUGCUUACCUUAAGCCCUAUUUCCUGGAAGCAUAUCGUCCUGUUACUAAAGGCGAUACCUUCUUAGUGCGUGGCAAUAUGCGUGCUGUAGAAUUCAAGGUUAUCGAUGCUGAUCCCUCUCCUUCGUGUAUUGUUGCACCUGACACGAUUAUUCAUGCUGAAGGAGAACCCGUCAAACGAGAAGAUGAAGAUGAAAAGUUGACUGAAAUUGGUUAUAAUGAUAUUGGUGGCUGCAGGAAACAGCUAGCUCAAAUUAAGGAGAUGGUCGAACUGCCUCUGCGUCAUCCACAACUUUUUAGGGCUAUCGGUGUUAAGCCUCCUCGUGGUAUUCUACUCUAUGGUCCUCCUGGUACUGGUAAGACGCUGAUUGCUCGUGCCGUUGCUAACGAAAGUGGGAGCUUCUUUUUCUUGAUCAACGGUCCUGAAAUUAUGUCUAAAUUGGCUGGUGAAUCAGAGUCUAAUCUGCGUAAAGCCUUUGAAGAGGCAGAGAAGAAUUCUCCUGCUAUCAUCUUCAUUGACGAAUUGGAUGCUAUUGCUCCUAAACGUGAAAAGACUCACGGCGAGGUCGAAAGAAGAAUUGUCUCCCAGCUUCUUACUCUUAUGGACGGUCUGAAACAAAGAAGCCAUGUUAUCGUUAUAGCCGCAACUAAUAGGCCUAACAGUAUCGAUCCAGCCCUCCGUCGGUUUGGUCGUUUUGAUCGUGAAAUCGAAAUCGGCAUUCCUGAUGCCACUGGUCGUUUGGAAGUUCUUCGUAUCCACACGAAGAAUAUGAAACUUGCCAAUGACGUUGAUUUGGAACAAAUUGCUAACGACGCCCAUGGUCAUGUUGGUGCUGAUCUCGCCUCGCUUUGUUCUGAGGCUGCUCUUCAGCAAAUUCGUAAUAAGAUGGACUUGAUUGAUCUUGAGGAUGACACUAUUGAUGCUGAGGUCCUUGAGUCUCUUGCAGUAACCAUGGAUGAUUUCCGUUGGGCUUUGGGCAAGAGUAACCCCUCUGCUUUACGAGAGACCACGGUUGAAGUGCCUAACGUCACCUGGGAGGAUAUUGGCGGUUUGGAGGGCGUAAAACGCGAACUCCAAGAGAUGGUUCAAUACCCUGUUGAACAUCCAGAUUUAUUCCUAAAGUUUGGUAUGACACCGAGCAAGGGUGUCCUUUUCUAUGGUCCUCCUGGUUGUGGUAAAACACUGUUGGCCAAAGCUAUUGCCAACGAGUGCCAGGCAAAUUUCAUCAGUAUUAAAGGUCCUGAACUCUUAACCAUGUGGUUCGGUGAAUCUGAGGCUAAUGUGCGUGAUAUUUUCGACAAAGCGCGGCAAGCUGCUCCAUGUGUUCUGUUCUUUGAUGAAUUGGACUCAAUUGCUAAGGCUCGUGGUGGCAGCGUUGGCGAUGCAGGUGGUGCAGCCGAUAGAGUGAUUAAUCAACUUUUGACGGAAAUGGACGGUAUGUCCUCAAAGAAGAAUGUCUUUAUUAUUGGUGCCACCAACCGUCCGGACAUUAUUGAUGGUGCUAUUCUUCGUCCCGGUCGUCUUGACCAGCUGAUCUACAUUCCUCUUCCCGAUGAGAAAUCAAGAAUUGCAAUCUUCCAAGCCAAUUUGAGAAAAUCGCCUGUAGCUAAGGACGUUGAUAUCAAGUAUUUGGCUAAAUGUACGAAUGGUUUCUCUGGCGCUGAUCUUACAGAGAUUUGUCAGCGGGCUUGCAAACAAGCUAUUCGCGAAUCAAUUGAAGCUGAGAUUAGGGCAGAGAAGGAGCGUCAGAAUAACCCCUCUGCGAUGGAAGCUGAUAGUGACCCCGUGCCAGAAAUUACUCGAAAUCACUUUGAAGAAGCCAUGCGAUUUGCCCGCCGAUCCGUGACUGACAAUGAUAUUCGUAAGUAUGAGAUGUUCGCCCAAACUCUGCAACAAUCUCGGGGUAUUGGUGCCGCCGGUGCCGGAAACUUCAGAUUUCCUAAUGAGUCUGGAAGUGCGGGCCCUAAUUCUAACCCCAACCCGAACACUCCCUACAAUCAAGGAAAUGCGGAUGAGGACUUGUACUCAUAA